AUGACUAUGAGAAAGUGCAUUGUAUUGAUGUUGUUGGUGGCAGUGAUAAUAGCGACCAUUGGAAGAGAAGUAGAGGGACUCUCAUGCGAGGACAAGUGCAUGUUUAAGUGUGGUGGUCUUUAUGUCCCUGAAGAUACAUGCAUCAUUCCAUGUAUACGUGAGCAUUGCCACAAACCACCAAGUCAUCCAUUUCAAUCACGGAAGAAGGAGGCUGUCGUAGGAAUGAGAAACAUUAGAGAGUAG